AAAAAAAAAAAAAAAAGAACAAAAGAUAUUUAUAUAAAAAAUUUAUAUUCAGAAGAACAUUUUUAUUGGACAAUUUAAUAAAUCUAAUAAUACAAAAUCAACUCAAUCUUAGAAUUUAUAUAUAAAACUAUUAUAUCAAUACUAAAAAUAACAUUCGGUCUAUUUUAUACUUCAUCAGUAUCAUCAUUAUAUAUAAAAGUUAGUAUGAUAUGUUCACCUAUAUUUAUUUUAUUAAUAAUAAACUGUAUAAGCUGUUUAGGAUAAUCAGAUAUAAAUACAUCAAGUCUAAUAUAGACAUUUCCUUAUAUAGGUAUAUAUUUACAUGCAUUAGGAGGAAGAUCUUCAACUGCUUUAGUGUCUUCAUUUUUAAAAAUGAUAGUAUUAAUUUAUUUCGUAUAUUUAUCUGCUUUAUAUAUAGGGACAUUUUUUUUAUUCUAUAAGCAACUUCCGAAAGGUGUUGACGAAAAUUUCCUUGCCUAUUUAGCUAUAUUGGAAUUAAUUUCUUUAAUAUUUAUUCGCACAAGAAGUUCUUUGAAAUGGUUUCCCCUUUUUUCAAUGGCUUUAAUAUACACUUUUUUAUUUUAUGUCCAAAAUACAUUAUAUGGGUAUUAUGCCCUUUUUUUAUAUUCCAUAAUAUGCUUUCUAGUAGUUGUUUUUGCAUUUAUUUUACUUGAAUUUGAAAUCCCCGCAGCUUCCUGGAAUGACUCUUUUCAUUAUACACCUUCCUUAAAUAGACCUAGAUGCCUUUAUUUUCCUUUAUUUAACCUUUCUUGGUAUUAUGAUUUGCCUUAAUUAUGGACUAUGUUUUAUCCUCUAUAUGGAAGAGAGCAUUUUACAUAAAACUAGCUUUCUUUAGUAGAUAGGAAUUAUAUGCUUUUAAGUUAAGUACUUGAAGAGGCUUAAAAUAAUCCUGAUAAUAAUUUAGAUAUGAGAUUUGAUUUUUAGAAUAAUUUAUAAUAACAACAAUUAUAAUAAUAAUAGGGAGGUUAAAAUAAUAUAUAAUAAAAUGAAAAUAAUAAUAUUGAGGAAAAUAAUGAUUAAUAAGAAGUUAGAAUUCCAGUAAAUUACAAUAAUAAUUAAGAAAUGGAAUUAUAAUAAUAAAUUAAUAUUUUAGAUAAUAAUUAGAAUGAUUUUGAUAAACUAUAAGAUGAUAAUAGUAGAGAAUAAAAUCUCUUAGAAAAUGAAUAAGGAGUCUGUUAAAAUACUAUAUUUUCAAAAGCUAAAGGGAUACUUAUUGGAGGAGGAGUAAACGAUAAUAUAGAUUCUUAAAAAAAUAACAAUGAUGAUAAAAAAUAUUAAAAAUUUGAAUGA